AUGUCCCAUCAACGUACACUGCCAGUGACUGUUCCAGCUGUGGUUCAGGAAUGUCUCAAGACUGUGUGUUCUCCAGCUCAUACUCAUCAGGAACAAACAAAGCAACCGACUCCCCAUCCUGCACAAUGCCAGGUCUUCACUGAGACUCAAGAGAAGGGUCUUUCUAAACAUGAGGAGAAGGGGGAAAACCCUGUGAAGGAUCUGCCUGAGCAAGCGUGUGAGCAUUUCCAGCAUCCAGGACCACAAAAGCAGCAGAUGCAGAUGAAAAAGCCACAGCAGGAGUGGCAGGAACAGGAGCUGCAUCCAGAGAAGCAGCAGCUACCACAGGAGCCCCUGGGGCUCCUGUGCCUGGGACAGCAACAGCAGCAAGAGCCACAAGAGCAAGAACAGCAUCUCAGACAGCACCACCACCACCAGCAGCAGCAAGAGCCACAGGGUCAGGGGCUGUGCCUGGGGCAGCAGCAGCAGCAGCAGCAGCAGCAAGACAUGCUGGCGCCUCAGGAGCUGCAUCUGAGACAGCACCAGAAGGACAAGCUGCAGGAUCCAGAACUGCAUCUGGGUCAGCAGCAGAAAACACCAGAGGAGCAAGAACUGAUUCCAGGAGAAAGACAUCAGAAAAUGCACCAUGGACAGAGAUACCAGGAGCCACAGGAGCAGGAGACACACCUGGGACAGAAGCAGAAGCAACAGCAACCACAAGAACAGGAGCUGCAGUUGGCACAGCACCAGAAGCAGAAGCUUCAUGAAACAGAACCACACCUGGGAAAGCAACAGCAUCAAGAGUCACAUGAGCCAGAACUGCACCUGGGAAAGCAGCAGCAUCAGAAGCCACAUGACCCAGAACUGCAUCUAGGAGAGCAGCAGCAUCAGGGGCCACAUGACCCAGAACUGCACCUGGGAAAGCAGCAGCAUCAGGAGCCACAUGACCCAAAGCCGCACCCAGGAAAGCAGCAGCAUCAGGAGUCACAUGAGCCAGAACUGCACCUGGGAGAGCAGCAGCAGCAGGGGCCACAUGACCCAGAACUGCACCUGGGAGAGCAGCAGCAUCAGGGGCCACAUGACCCAGAACUGCACCUGGGAAAGCAGCAGCAUCAGGGGCCACAUGACCCAGAACUGCACCUGGGAAAGCAACAGCAUCAGGGGCCACAUGACCCAGAACUGCACCUGGGAAAGCAGCAACACUGGGAGCCACAUGACCCAGAACUGUAUCUGGGAAAGCAGCAGCAUCAGAGGUCACAUGACCCAGAAUUGCAUCCGGGAAAGCAGCAGCGUCAGGGGCCACAGGAUCCAGAACUGCACCUGGGAAAACAGCAGCACCGGGAAUCUCAGGAGCCAGAACUGCAAAUGGGAAAGCAACAGCAUCAGGGACCACAUGACCCAGAACUGCACCUGGGAAAGCACCGGGAGUCACAUGAUCCAGAUAUGGCAGAGGAUCAGAAAGAGAAGCAGAAACUUUGUGAUCCAGAACUCCACCUAGGAAAGCAGCAGCAGAAGAUAGAGCAUGAAGGUUGUCAGGGAUCAAAAAGCCUGGGUCAGUCACUUAAGCAACAGAAAGCUUCAGGGAACCAGCAGCUGGAUGACUCACAUCUAGGACAGGAAAAGGAACUCUUGGACCAGCCACUGGAUCAAGAACUAGUAAAGAAAGAUGAGCAACUGGAAAGGAAGAAGCACAAAUUGGAGAACCUAACACAACAGGAGAAGCAGAUAGAGCAAUUAGUAUCAAGCACUGACCGAGUCCAAGAGACUAAGUCAGUCCAACCAGUAAAAGGAGAAGACUUGGUUACUACAGAGAAGUAG